GGUAUAUCAAUCCCCUGUAUCGAAAAAUUACUUUAAAUAGCGUACCCACCAGAGAAAACUUAUAUUAUACGCUAGUUAUUUCAAAAAAUGUAUAGAGAACUGUUUUAUAUUUGUUUAGCUCUUUUCGGAGUAGUGAAUGGAAUGUAUGAUAAUGGUAUCAUUGCCAAUCCCGGACAAUAUCCAUUUACAGUUUCUAUACAAACGAGAGCGUUGGGUGAAGAAUUGCAUGUAUGUACUGGAGCUAUUAUCAACGAACAGUGGGUUAUCACUACAGCACAAUGUUUAUAUAACUACCCCAAAACAAUCGUCGCUGGACUGAUUAACGUAGAUGAUGAAACCGAUUUAAAUAAGCAAAUAGUAAAUAUAGAAAAAACUAUUAUAUAUCCCAAGUUUGACAGUGAUGGUAAUGCUCAUUACGAUAUUGCCCUAAUAAAAGUAAUAGAGGCUUUCCAAUUUAAUGACGCUGUUCAGCCAGCUAAACUUCCUGAGGCUGGAGCACAAAGAAGUGGUAAUGCCGACAUCGUUGGAUAUUCUUAUAGUCUUUAUCAUAAUUACCAUCAACUUGUAUACAGACCAGCGUUACCAAUUAUAGAUAUUGAAAGAUGCAACGAGAUAAUUAAAACUUUUGAAGAUUUUAUGUAUGACCAGCUCUAUGCUGACAAAGACAGCAAUAUCUGUGUUCUCGACCGGUUCGGCAAUAAUUGCAAUGAAGAUUUAGGAGAACCAUUAUAUCAAAAUGGAACUCUUCUUGGACUUGCCAGCUUUUGGGUUAUGCCUUGUUUCGAGCAAGGAUCUCCAGAUAUCUUCACCAAUAUCGCUUAUUUUGUUGAAUGGAUCAACGAAGUGAUCAAGGACAAUUCAAUAUAAAUUCUAUGUAAUUAGAUAUUAUUAAAUUAAAAAAUAUAAGAUUUAAAUAAAGAUAAUGC